UGCGGGCUUGGGUUCGCGCGUGCGCAGGAGGAGUUAGUCUAGUCGUUCCGCACGCUAGUGUGCACGAGGUUAGGGCGGUAUGGAGGCCUCGGUUUCAACUCCAACCUCAGCCGCGACUCCAGUGACCCCGGCCGCAGCGGAGUCGCGGCUGGAGCUGGACAAAAUACAGGUUAAAAAAGCAGUGAAAGCUCUAUUGGCACAUUCACGAUCCAGAAAAAACGCUAAUGAAGUGCUUUUGAAUGAGAAUGAAAAUUUAUUUUUAAUGGUGGUAUUAUGGAAAAUUCCAAAGAAAGAACUGAGGGUCAGAUUGUCCUUGCCUUAUGCUAUUCGACCAGAUUUAGCAGAAGUCUGUUUAUUUACCAAGGAUGAACCCAAUUUAACUCCUGAGAAGACAGAGCACUUCUAUAGGAAUCUUUUGAACAAGCAUAAUAUUAAAACUGUUUCUCAGAUUAUCCCUCUUCGAACUUUAAAAAAGGAGUAUAAGCCCUAUGAAGCCAAGCUCCGCCUCUUGGGUAGUUUUGACUUCUUCCUUACCGAUGCAAGAAUUAGGAGGCUUUUACCCUCAAUUAUAGGGAAACAUUUCUAUCUCAGAAAGAAAGUCCCAGUAUGUGUAAACCUCCUGGCCAAGGAUUUAUCAAAAGAGAUAAAUGACUGUAUUGGUGGAACUAUCAUGAACAUCUCUAAAAAUGGUUCUUGCAGCACUAUACGCGUUGGUCACACUGGAAUGAUGGUCCAGCACAUCAUUGAAAAUGUCAUUGCUGUCACAAAGGGCCUUUCAGAAAAAUUGCCAGAGAAGUGGGAGAGUGUGAAACUCUUAUACCUGAAAACUGAGAAGUCGGUUGCCCUUCCAAUCUUCUCUUCCUUCGUCAGUAGUUUUUAUGAAGGGAAAGGAGGACCCCUUACUGGCCAGAAGAAAAAAGAGGCAAAGAAGAAACAAAAAGAAAAGCUCCAAAAAAAGAAGGAGAAGAAAAGGAGAAAAAGGGAAAUGCAACAGGCUGCAAAGACCAAAAAGACUAAAUUAGCCCAAACUAAAGAUAAAGUGGCAGCUGAAGUCAGUGGUGCUCCAGCAAAGAGCCCCGGACCCCAGAAGGGAGAGACUCUGGGAGAGAAGGAGGAGAUCCACAGAGGAAAAGCCCAGCGUAAAGUGGGAGACGGAUCCGAGGAUGAAAUUCCACUACUUGUGCCAAUGGAAGAAACACCUGCUAAGAAAAAAAAGAUGCAAAAAGGUGCCACAAUAAAGAAGUCUCCAAGUAAGAGUCCUGGUCCUGGCACACCUGUUGGGAAGAAGAGAAAGGCCUCCUCAGCGCUGGAAACUACUAAAGUUUCAGAGCCAGGGACCCCAGGUAAAGGCCUAGGGAAGAAGCCAAGAAUCAAAGAAGAGGCAGAGAAAGAACGAAACGCUGCACCAGGGAAAAAAGACCCGAGACAGACUCCAAAGAAGCCCGGGCCCAAGUUCUUCGCCACUUCUAGUAAAUCGGCCCGAAAAACGCCCCAGACCCCCAAACAACAGCCCAAAAAACCCAAAGUGCCCCAGUCGACCUAAAAUCAGUGGCUCAACCAGAAGGAAGUACCAGAGCUACCUGGAGCUUUAAAAAAUACCCAGGUCCUGGCCCCUGUUGAAAACUUCCCUAACAAUGAGGCCUGGACUUAAAUAUUUUAAAAACCACCACAGGUAAUUCUGGUAUGUGUUCCUGGGUGUAACAGCCUGUGUUUUGAAGUAAAAUCUAUUUUUUACUUGCUCUUCUGUGUAUUUGCUAAUAGAAGGGGGGGAAAUUACAGUGUUUCUCUGUGGUUGUGUUUUUGUAUUAUUAAAGUGUAACAUUUGCUUCUGAGUAUACUAUUGACCUUGUAAGUCGCAUGACUUUUAUUUGAAAGCUUAUGAUUUAUGUUUUCCUUAUUAGCUUUAAACCACGUAUCCACACAGGCUCUGUUCCACUAGUUUGUACAGGUUUGCUGCAUGAGAAGCAGCCAUGGAACUCAUGAGAAGCACAGAUUUCUUGGCCAUUGUGCCAGUAUAGCAUACAUAACAGUGAGGGAAAUUAUGUGGAGUCAUUUAUAAGGGUUCUGAAUUGAACCCUGCCUAUGAGAGGCAAGAAAAUAUUUAUCUUCCAUAAGCCUUCCCAUCUUCCUCUAAAUCACUCCUCACAUACAUAAAUUUACUAAUAAUGCACAACUCUAGGAUAGGAAACUUGGGAGAGUAGACUAUUAAUAAAAGUCGGCACAAUUUUCAAAUGUAUUCUGGGGCAGUAAAGCACUCAGCUGCUAACCAAAAGGUCUGGGUUCAAACCCACCAGCCAUUCGCGGGAGAAAAAUAGCCUUGGAAAUCCCAUGGGGUCAUUCUCCUCUGUCCUGUAGGGUCGCUAUGAGUCAGAAUCAACUCAACAGCAGUGGGUUUGGUUUCUGGUUUGGUAUUCUGAGGCAGUAAGUGACUUUCUAGGUCCUCGAUCUUUCACUGAAUUUGAAUUGGGGUACGCAUCCCCAGAAAUAGGUGACAGCUUCUCUGUAGUACAGGAAUGUCCUCAACCUGCAAAAGGCCAAAGUGGGACACGUUUCCAAAGAUGUAUCAUUCAGAAACAAGUGAAGAGAGCAGUAAGCCAAGUUUUGGAUCUCCCUCCAACUGGAGGAGACUGCUUUUGCUUUUUAGUGCCACAACUUAAAUUGUAACAUUAAUUUUUAAAUUACAAAACCAAACCUGUCGCCAUCGAGUCAGUUCUGACUCAGUGACCCUAUAGGACAGGGUAGAACUGCCCCAUAGAGUUUCCAAGGCGUUCCUGGUGGAUUUGAACUGUCGACCUUUUGGUUAGCAGCUGUAGCUCUUAACCACUGCCACACGGGAAGCCUCUUAAAAUUGCUGGUAAUCCCACUUUCUUCAGACUUAAAAAUGUGCAUUUAUAAUGUGUUGUAAGAGUUUACAUCUUAAAAGCUGGUUUUCCAUGAAAGCUAAGUUCUAUGGAAAGAUGGUCAGAUAGGCUUGCCUUCACUUAUUUGUGACGAAUGAAGAUACACUCUACUGUUGUUGAUAAAUCUCAUGUACAUAUGCUAAUCUGUUCUCUAGAUUAUGUAAUUUCCUGGGGAUAGCUGUUCACCCUCUGGCCAAAUAAAGAAUUUGCAACACCAUGCGAUUCUUAGGCCUAUAGCUUAGACCCUAUCAAAUAUGACGUAGAUGUUUACUCUCGUGUUCCACUGUGCACCUAAUUUCACUACAGUAAUUUCUCAAUGUUCUCUAUUGAAAAAAGCACAUUCACUUAAUUUUCUCUUGUGCAAGAUGCUAAUAUUUUGACAAGGAAAGGCCAUAUUUGAAGACCUGGUGAUAGUUCUGAAUGUUAAUAAAAAAUGUCCAAGUUACGGUACUAGGUUUCCAAGGCUUAAGAAGUAGGGUGGUCAUGCCUUUAGCUGCCCCGUAGGGCUGUGAGCCAAUAAUAGUCUACCCAGGGACCAAGGAGAGAACUGGACAGCUAUGCUACAGUAAAUUCGGCUCUUUUGUGGGUCAAAAGGUUUAGUAUGUGGCUGAUGUUUCACCAGAAGUCAAUAUGAGGUUUCUGGAACCUAUCUUCCAUACCACGGAGAUUCAAUGGACAAAAACAGAUCUGAGGGAGAAACUUGAGUGUAAAAUUUUGGUUUUGAAGAAAGCAUUUGCAUUUUAGUUGAUUUGUUUUUCGGAAACUAACGAGCAUCAAAAACUUAAAAAUUAUUUUUAAAUGCCUUGAAUGUAUUUAAAGUGUAAUAAAGAUCAUUGUAUUUCCAUUUUCUUGAGAGAUUAAAAUGAGGGUAUAGAAAAAUUGCUAAAUGUCAAAUUCACUGGACUAAAAACCUUUUCGCCACAGGUGCUUAAAGAUCUAAACAGCAAAGAAAUCUUUCGCCAUCGAAUAUUUGAAAGCUCUUCCACACUCUUUACAUUUUUUUUCUUUCUUAAAUUGCUCCUGUUUCCCCUGCCUACAGUUAGUGUUAAUUUUCACAGCGCCAAGAUCCGAGUUAGCAAUUUAUGAACCACAAGGGGUCCUCAUCAGUUGUUGGACCCUAAAGGAAUUAAUGCAUAGGAUGAAAGACUACAAAUAAAAUUUUGGCUGUGGUGAGCAGUAUAAUGGUCUUGGAGAGAGAAAAUGGCAUAUCAUUUAGGUAGCUAUAUUUUAACUCCAGAUUCUAGGUUUCAGUUUAACACUGUCAUGAUCAAUAUUUCCUGUUUAAUAUAACUUAGUUUGGGGCAUUUUCUAUACUUGAAGUUACAGGAAAUAUCAGGGCAUUUGUAUAAUUUUGACUUACCUAAAAAAGAUGUCUCUUAGCUUCCCAAAAGAUGUAAGCUGAUAUGUGAAAUAGACAGCUUUUCCUUAUUGGCUUCCCUGUUUCUCCAGUGUACUCAAUCUUAUAGUGACCAGGCUCAGAAAUUUUUUCACACUCAGCCACCAGGUUUUCUCGGUUUUCCUUUCCAGUCAUCCAGCCAUCCACACGUGCUGUAACCAUUAAGUUCCUACAAACUGCCAAGGGGUGAAUAGGAAUAAAGCCCUGGUGAUCUACUUCCAAAAAAGCCACUGAAAACCCUAUAGAGCACAGUUCUAUUCUGACACACAGGGUUGCCAUGAGUUGGAACUAAGGCAUAAAACAUGGCUUUGAGCUAAAGCCUUGGUCAAGUUAGCAGCCUCAACUUUGAUGUAGGAGGCAGCACUUUGGCUGCAAGGAGGAAGGGCCAGGGGCUAGGAAACGUCUCUUGAUGUCUGUUGCUACCCAGCUUUACUGUUUUUAACUUAGAAUAUAUAUGCUUUUUGGGAAAAUUGCUGAUGGAGAUGAUGCAAGGAUACUAAAGGCUCAAAACCACCCGUCUCUUCUGAAUGGAGAAAGGAACACUAGAAAUGGAAUAAAGUGUAACUAGCUGUACCCAGCAACACCUGGACCAUUUAAGCAGAGCCUGAGUGUUAAACCAAACCAAAGACCAAACCCGUUGCCGUCCAGUUCAUUCCAACUCAUAGUGACCCUGAUAGGACAGCAGAACCGCCCGCCCAAAGGGUUUCCAAGGAGCAGCUGAUGGAUUCAAACUGCUGACCUUUCGGUUAGCAGGUAAGCUCUUAACCACUGCACCACCAGGGCUCCAAGUGUUACUAAAGACAGUAACAAAACCAGCACUCCGCUUAAGCCAUUCAGUUUCCCAAGACCAAGCCAAAAGCUUCUUGUACACUUACCUAGAAACGUUCUAUAUACAAAGUGUACUUUAAAAAAUAGAAAUUGCUGUCUACUCUGCACGCUAUAUGACUACUUGCUUUUUCUUAGCAAUGUAUCUUAAAUGUCUUUCCAUUAUCAGCACUUAAUAGACUUCUAUUACCUGAUUAUAUUACAUUAUCUUGUGGUAUGAAUUGCUGAUGUACCAGAAUUUAACUAGUCCCCUAUUUAUAGAUACCUCACAUCUUUCUGGUUCUUUGCUAGUGUGAACAAUGCUGCAUUGAAUAUAUGUUAGAGCAUAGCUAUGGAAAAAGUGGAGUCGAAGGGUCAGCACAUUUAACAAUUUUGAAAGACAAUGUUAAAAUAGCUUUUUAAAAAGCCCGUAUAGUGGUUUAUGAGUAUGUUUUCCAUACAUUUCCCCAACAUCAAUAUUGUCAGGUUUUUGAAUAUCUAAAUCGGUUAGAUUUUAAUCUGUGCAUUUCCCUGGUAAGCGAAGUUGAAUAUCUUUUAUUACAUUUUUGGCUGUUUGAAUUGUAUCCUUUCCCACUUUUCUAGGACAAUUGGUUGGUUGUCCUUAUUAAUACGUAAGAGGUUUUAGCUUUUUUGUUUCUUCUUUCCUCAUGUCCUUACCUUUUUACUAGGUUUUGUUUUAUUUACUUUUUUUAAAUAACUUGUCAGGUAAAACUGUGAAGGACUUUGAAAUGGGCUAGAGAGAUUACUGAGUGUCCUUUCAAUGGAAUGUUGGGCUUCCUCUGGCAGGCCUUUUAGGGAUUAGCCACUUCUUUGUCUUUGACUGGAGCCCUGGUGGCACAGUGGUUAAGUGCUACAGCUACUAACCAGAAGGUCUGCAGUCUGUAUGCACUAGCCACUCCUUGGAAACCCUAUGGUCCAGUUCUACUCUGUCCUAUAGGUUUGCUGUGAGUCGGAAUCGACUUGACAGCAACAGGUUUGGUUUUUCGGUUGUCUGACUAGGCUAGUUAGAUGUUAAGUUGUAGUGAUGCAAACAUUUCCUUUCCACAGCUAAGCAAAUGAUUACUGUUCAUGGCAAUACACGUGAAUUCUCUGUUACUUAGAGAACAUACUGAGGAGCUCUGGUGCCGUGGGAGAAAGAUGUGACAGCCUUGGAAACUGUGUGAGGCAGUUCUACUCUGUCCUAUAGGGUCACUAUGAGUUGGAAUCAACUCAGUUGCAAUGGGUUUGACUUUUGGUUUUACAGAAUAUAUCAAACCAAACCAGUUGAUGGCAACAUGGUGACCCCCAUG